CUCUUUAUAGAGAAUUCUCUUUCAUGUUCUAGGUUAAAAUUCAGAACGAUUUCAGUUAUGAGUUUUUCAACAGCAGCUGGUCUUACAUGAAACACACAGAGAGGUAUGAAAAAUCAAACAGUGGACACAGUUAUUCACAGAAUAAAAUUCUGCAACACAGUCAAAAGAGUAAGCAGCUGAUGGUUGUUGAGAACAGUGUGGAAGUUGCUCAGUUUAUUAACAACCGCCCAGACUUCCUCACUCUUGCGGAGCCCUUCUGGAAGGAAGUGGCCAACCUUCCUGUUGUCUACGAGUACAACAUCUACCGAAGACUUAUUGAACAUUUUGGGACUCAUUUCUUACACUCUGGAUCUCUAGGAGGACAUUACAAAGUUAUUUUUCAUAUGGAUACUGACAAAAUGAAAGCAGAAGGUAUGAGCAUAACAGACAUGUACGAGUGCACCACAUCUGGCUGGAACGCAUUCAUUGUGAAAAAGAAGAAAGUAAAGUGCUCCAAACUGGAUGAACUGCUACAGACUGCUUCAGGAAGCAGUGGUAAUAAGAUUAAAGGAGACCCCUACAUAGAAGGAGGAAGCCCAGGUGCUGUUGCUGGCCUUAGUUAUCUAGAGCUGAAUAAUCCUGCUGGGAACAGUCAGAGAUACUCCUUUUGGGCCAGAUCAGUGACAGACUAUCCCAGAGUAAUUAAACAAAAGCUAACACCAUUAUAUGAGCUGGUAAAGGAAGUGCCCUGCUCCUCAGUCAAAAAGCAUUACCUAAAACAAGCCAUUGAAGAAUAUAUGGCUGAAAAUGAUCCCUGCAAAUGUCAGCCUUGCCAGAAUGGUGGCGAGGCGGCCGUGGAAGGAACUCAGUGUGUGUGUUACUGCAAGCCUUACACCUUUGGAGCAGCUUGUGAGCUGGGAACUCUCGUGCAAGAUCAGCCAGGUGUUGUUGAUGGACACUGGAGCUGCUGGUCUUCCUGGAGUCCUUGUUCAGGGGGAAGGAAAUCAAGGAGUCGAACCUGCAACAACCCCUCCCCGCGUGGCGGGGGGAAGGCCUGCGUAGGAGAGCAGCGUGAAAGCAGACCAUGUGAAGAUGAAGAGUUGCAGCAUUUUCGCUUGAUUGAACCACACUGUUUUGAUUUAUCCAUAACUCCUACAGAAUUCUGUUCACCUCCUCCUCUCUUGGAAAAUGGAUUUGUUCAAAAUGCUGAAAACUCAUACCCUCUUGGGAAGAGCAUUGUUUAUGCUUGCAGACAUGGAUAUUCUCUUGUUGGUAAUCCUGUUGCUAAGUGUGGCAGUAAUUUACAGUGGCAAGUUGGAGACAGAUACUGCCAGGAAACUGCUUGCCUCCUGCCCGUCCUGGAGGGGGGUUUGCAAGGAGAGCCAUGGAAACCUGUGUAUGAGAUUGGUGAGAGAAUAACUCUGUCUUGUCCACAUGGCAUGCACUUAGAAGGGGCACGCUCCGUUUUGUGCGAGUCCAAUCUCAAGUGGUCUCCUGACAUGAAGACUAUCCAGUGCAAGAGACCAG